UGACUCGUGCACGUGUUAACACUCUUAAUUUCGUUGUUUAUAGUAAUAUAAUAAUGACGGAGCCCGGCGAUGGUCCAGCGGAGCCAAGCAUAGACUUUGUGCCUGCUCUGUGUUUUGUGCCACGCGGCGUCACCAAAGAGAGGCCCGAAAAAAUUGUCUUAACACAAUCGGAGCUAGCGCGCAUUAUUGGCGAAACGCGAGAUCAGCUGCAUGAAGGCGAUGAUGACAAUGACGACGAUGAUGAUGAGGAUGAGGAGGAUAUGGAUGUAGAUCGUGAAGAUGUCGCUGCCAACAAUGGCCAUUCCCAAGAUGACGAGUUCGAUUUCGAUAAUUAUGAAAAUGAAGAAAAUUCAACUGUAACAAAUAUUGCCAACGUUGCCGAUGAACAGGUGCCGGAUGAGGACGAGGAUUCAGAGGCUGAGGAUGAGGUGAUUAAGCCAACAGAUAAUUUGGUGCUUGUCGGCCAUGUGCAGGACGACGCCGCCAGCAUGGAAGUCUGGGUGUUUAACCAGGAGGAGCAGGCGCUCUACACACAUCACGACUUCCUGCUGCCCAGUUUUCCCCUUUGCAUCGAGUGGAUGAAUCACGAUGCGGGCAGCGAUAAGCCGGGCAAUAUGUGCGCCAUUGGUUGCAUGGAUCCGGUUAUCACGAUCUGGGAUCUGGAUAUACAGGAUUCCAUAGAACCAACAUUUAAGCUUGGCUCCAAGGGCAACCGCAAAAAACAGAAGGAACAGUACGGUCAUACAGAUGCUGUCCUCGACCUAUCGUGGAAUCCCCAAUUCGAGCACAUUCUAGCGAGUGGUUCAGUGGAUCGAACCCUCAUACUGUGGGACAUGGACGAGGGGCAACCACAUACGACAAUUACCGCCUUCGAGGAGAAGGUACAGAGCAUAGAAUUCCAUCCGGAGGAGGCGCAGAGCAUACUCACCGGCUGCUCUGAUGGCUUGGUGCGUCUCUUCGACUGUCGCGAUGCAGACAAUGUGGACUCGGCGUUUGUCAAGUGGCAGAUCAGCGGCGAGGUGGAGAAAGUCCUUUGGCAUCCAACGGAGACAAACUACUUCAUCAUUGGCACCAAUGACGGCAGCUUACACUACGCCGACAAGCGUCAGCCCAAGAAGCUGCUGUGGUCCGUGAAGGCGCACAACGAAGAAAUCUCUGGUGUCUGCUUCAAUAAGGAAAUGCCUAAUCUGUUGACCUCCACCUCGACCGAAGGCACGCUGAAAAUAUGGAAUUUCAAUAGCACCGAACCAAAACAUGUCUACGAGCACGACUUCAACAUGGGCCGCCUGCAGUGCAUGCGACAGUGUCCAGAGGAUCCCUAUACGCUCGCCUUUGGCGGUGAGAAGCCACCACGUUGUGCCGUAUUCAAUAUCAAGAACUUCGAGGCAGUGCGUCGCACUUUUGGUAUUCCCGAUGCUGAAUAAAAUCCCAUUAAAUUCUGUAUGACAAGUCCAACGAUAAUAAAUUUGUAUGUUAAUAAAACAUAUU